GACUUCCUGUUGCAUAGCUUGAUUGAGAAGAAGCACUUCCGGCGGUCUUAGAUCACUAAUCAACAAACCAGCUUUCGGGGCUUGACGCGAUCCUUGCCUCAGGCCUCUUGGGGUCUAGACAGCCGCCUAGCCCGCUCUGCGACGCAGCAGUGAAUAGUGUGGUACCUCCUUGUCUCGGUUCAGGUCCAGACCUCCCCGUCUUCCGGCUGCCCUGAACAUUAGGCGACCUCAGGACCCUGUGAUUGGCGCCUGCGCCGGCGGACCGUGACCGAGGAAACCCCUGGAGGGACUUGGGCAUUCCUUGGGCUCCGUGCCUGUUCUUCGUGCUCCUUUCGGUAAAUUCAGGGCAAGGAUCUCACAUUAUCGGUCUUUGACCCACAUAGAAUGCCUGGCAUUUGAUAAAUGUUUGUUGAACUUGAAGAGACAUAUGGACAAUGAAUCUGCAAAGAUACUGGGGAGAGAUACCAAUAUCAUCAAGCCAGACCAACAGAAGUUCCUUCGAUUUGCUCCCACGGGAGUUCCGUCUGGUGGAAGUCCAUGACCCACCCCUGCACCAACCCUCAGCCAACAAGCCGAAGCCCCCCACUAUGCUGGACAUCCCCUCAGAGCCAUGUAGUCUCACCAUCCAUACGAUUCAGUUGAUUCAGCACAACCGACGUCUUCGCAACCUUAUUGCCACAGCUCAGGCCCAGAAUCAGCAGCAGACAGAAGGUGUAAAAACUGAAGAGAGUGAACCUCUUCCCUCGUGCCCUGGGUCACCUCCUCUCCCUGAUGACCUCCUGCCUUUAGAUUGUAAGAAUCCCAGUGCACCAUUCCAGAUCCGGCACAGUGACCCAGAGAGUGACUUUUAUCGUGGGAAAGGGGAACCUGUGACUGAACUCAGCUGGCACUCCUGUCGGCAGCUCCUCUACCAGGCAGUGGCCACAAUCCUGGCCCACGCGGGCUUUGACUGCGCUAAUGAGAGUGUCCUGGAGACCCUAACUGAUGUGGCACAUGAGUAUUGCCUUAAGUUUACCAAGUUGCUGCGUUUUGCUGUGGACCGGGAGGCCCGGCUGGGACAGACUCCUUUUCCUGAUGUGAUGGAGCAGGUAUUCCAUGAAGUGGGUAUUGGCAGUGUGCUCUCCCUCCAGAAGUUCUGGCAGCACCGCAUCAAGGACUAUCACAGUUACAUGCUACAGAUUAGUAAGCAACUCUCUGAAGAAUAUGAAAGGAUUGUCAAUCCUGAGAAGGCCACAGAGGACGCUAAACCUGUGAAGAUCAAGGAGGAACCUGUGAGCGACAUCACUUUUCCUGUCAGUGAGGAGCUGGAGGCUGACCUUGCUUCUGGAGACCAGUCACUGCCUAUGGGAGUGCUUGGGGCUCAGAGUGAACGCUUCCCAUCUAACCUGGAGGUUGAAGCUUCACCACAGGCUUCAAGUGCAGAGGUAAAUGCUUCUCCUCUUUGGAAUCUGGCCCAUGUGAAAAUGGAGCCUCAAGAGAGUGAAGAAGGCAAUGUCUCUGGGCAUGGUGUGCUGGGCAGCGAUGUCUUCGAGGAGCCCAUGUCAGGCAUGAGUGAAGCUGGGAUUCCUCAGAGCCCUGAUGACUCAGAUAGCAGCUAUGGUUCCCACUCCACUGACAGCCUCAUGGGGUCCUCCCCUGUUUUCAACCAGCGCUGCAAGAAGAGGAUGAGGAAAAUAUAAAAGGAAAAGAGGGAGAUAUUUUGUCCAGACCUACUAGACCCAACAGAAAAGGUUUUUGUAUUAGAAUGUUUCCAUAAAAAUUGAUUUGACUCCUGUUCUUAAACACAAGUGGUUUUUCCUAAUUCCAGAGGAACUGGACGUCACCAAACAAGGUUGCAUUUUGCUUUUGCAUCCAGUUUUUAUAGUUUUCCACAACCAAGCCACCCUUCACAGAUAAAAUAUGAUGCUGGCAUGGCAAUCAGACCAAAGCACUGUCCCCAAUUGUUGUCUUAACUAUGACUAGACAUGUUACUUAGCUUCUCUACAGCCAUUUAUCUUGUACAACUGAGAAGAAUCAUACUUCUUUGACCUACCUUGUAGAGAUGUGAGGAUUUAGAUGUUUGCUAACUUCAAAACUGUGCUUGAAUAGACUCAUAAUAUAUGCUCA